UUCGAUAGUCGAUGCGAUUUAAAAAUAUACAGCAAGAAAAUUUAUGUACGCUUAAUCGCAUUUUAAAAAAUUGCUGUAAUAUCUUUAGCUCUUACGAUUGUUACAGGUCUAGCCCGGCAAAUAGCCCGCAGUUUGGUAAUACACAAAAUGAUAUUGAAAAAGGAACUAUCAAUCGACAAUGAUGAUAAAAAUAGAAAUGAUUUCGGUAGGAAAGACGAAACAAGUUGACGAGCUUGAACAGGGGUUGUAUCAGAAACUGAAAUCGGUACCGUGCAUUUCUCCCACUAUCCAUGAACGUUCCUGAUGGUUGCUCGGGUUCUGUAUUCGAUAACAAAAGGGCAAAAGCCCCAUUGCCGUGGCGACCGAUCAAUUUUGCACGAAUGGCUUUACAUCGCGCAGCGAGCCCUCGAUAGGCCUCCCUAAAACCCACCUUUGGCCUUACAUCGAAGGGCGCCUUUUAGUCACUCUACCUCCUCGUCCUACCGCCAUCUCUAAACGAUCCAAUCCUGUUCAGAGGGUGGACACCACUGACGGUAUAUAAGGUUGCAGGAGCGUUCGCUGAAGACCAGUCUUCUUCGGAGACAGCCCCCGUGAACGCGUUGUAAUCAAUACAACGUGGACGAAUGAUUUCUCUGCAUUCCCAAAGUUUAUCUGCUACAAGCUCAAGGGAACUUUGUUGAAUGUUCUGGAAAAUCUUCACUCCAGUUUAUAUUAUACUGCUAAAAACACAUGCGUGGGAUCAGGAUCAAUAUGUUCUUCAGACCUUGGAAUUCUACGAAUGUUAGAGAGCAGAUUCCAACAAUUGAAUCUGGUAGUGUUGAGAAAAUAUUGACGUCCACGGUAAUCAAAAGUGAAGAGGACAUUCAUAGCGGCGCUUCCACAUCUACCUACGAAGAAAACAGUUCGACAAGUUCGAAUCUUGAUGGUGCUCGCGGUACACGCGGACGUCAACGAAGAAGAAGCGAGACAUCGUUCGAAGCAUCGAGUUCGAACUGCUCGGUAGAUAGUCAAGAAACCGCAACCGAGCGCAGAUUGAAUACACAGCAAAAUUUAACCCUCACCAGUCACAAAGAAACUCCAUCCUGUCCACAGCGUGUCUCCUUGGCAUCAAAGUCUUAUUCUGGUGUAACUACAGCAGAGUCUGGUUGUAGUCCAGUCUCGGAUUAUUCGAAUCUGGCUUUGAAUAUGGGUUAUCUUCAACAAAUGGCGCUCCAUCGUACAAACACUUUAGCCUCGUUGAAUGGUAAUUCCAUAGUGAUGCCAAUGGAACUGGGAUCAACAACAGUCAACACAUCUGCGGUUCUAAUGAUUCGGCAGCCUUUUCAACAUGAUUACCCUGGAGUACAUCUUGCCCAAGGACUGUAUCCGCCAACGAUGGAGCACGCUGUGGAGCUGAUUCACAGGCAAGAAGCAGUUGCCAAGCAAUUGAAGAAGCUUCGUCCAAAGAAAUUCCGUUGCGAACACUGCGACGUCGCCUUCAGCAAUAACGGCCAGCUGAAGGGUCACAUCAGAAUACAUACCGGGGAGAGACCAUUCAAAUGCGACGCAGAGGGUUGCGGCAAAGCGUUCACCAGAAACGAGGAGCUAACGAGACACAAGAGGAUUCAUACAGGAUUGCGACCGCACUCUUGUCCGGUCUGCGGGAAAUGCUUCGGCAGGAAGGAUCACUUGAAGAAGCACACGAGAACACACGAGAAUCGUGAUCCGUACAGAAUGUCCGCCGCGGCUUUGGGGAUGUUCGCCCUGGGUCAUGCGCUACCUCUAGGACACGCGCUACCUCUAGGACACGCGCUACCUCAAGGACAUCCACUACCUCAAGGACAUCCACUACCUCAAGGACAUCCGUUCCCUCCAUACGUGUAUCCGAUUUGACGAUCUCGGCGAUUCUCGAUCGCGGUUACUUUUGUAAGAUAGCAAUAUUAUGUAUAUAUUUUUGUAAAGCGUGUACAUUUGUCCGAGAGAUCUUUAUAUUUAUAUAUAUUUAUACACACUUGCGAAUAUUUUUACAAAUUCGCGACGAUGCCUUUGAUGAAAAGAUUCUACGUUUUAUGUAGAAUCGCUCGAAUGUCGGAGAGAGAAAGUGAAAGAGAUAAUUAUAUUUUUGAUAAAACGUGAUUUUUAGUAUGUUUAACGAUCGACAACUGGUGUGUCGGAUGUUAGUCAAGAAACAGUGCACUCGAUGAGUGCAUGUACUGCAGGGAUUUUGACUUAUAUGUAUGUACACGAGAACUUGACCUGAAGAUUAUAUUAUAAAUGAUAAAUAAAUUGUUAUCUAUUUUGA